AUGACGACGCCGCCGUCCCUAUUCCACGCGCUUCUCCGGCCCUCCAUACUCCAGAUCUUACGCUCAACGGGGUAUCAUUCUACGCGCCCCGCGGUCCUCGACUCUCUGACAGAUCUUGCCGCCCGAUACCUGUCGCUUCUCUGCCAGACUACUGCCCAGCAUGCGAUGCACAAUCAAGGCGACAGCGCCGACUUUACAAUCGCUGAUAUACGGAUGGCGCUUCAGGACGCGGGUGCGCUGAUGCCAGAGCGCGUACCUACCGAAGAGAUGUGGCGCGGCGAAGAGGACUUGCGCGGAGUUGAAGAGUUUAUAGCGUGGUUCGCGGGACAGCGCAUGAAGGAGAUGAUGGACGUCGGUAGUGGGGACGAAAGCACAGCUGACGGUGGCUUCACAGCUUUGAAAAAGAAACACAGUAAAACAGGCGAAGACGCUAAGUACCACGGUACCAUACUCGGUCGUGGCCACGACACAGGCGAGAUCCAAGUCGAAGGAGGGUCAGAGACCACCAUCGCCGAAUGGAUCUCCAACCGUGCCUCGCCCCAGAGCAGCCCAGCGCCCGGCGAAGAACAGCAGCCUGACGAAGAUCAGCCUCCACAGCAGCAAGCACCUCAACAAAACGGCCAUGCUAGUGACGAUGAUUCAGGACUAAGUUCAGUCGGCGACCGUAUAGAUCAGGAUACAAUGGACUUGUCAUAG